ACCAUCUCUUCCGCCACUGCUGGGCCGCUCUAUGUCGACGUAUGCGCCAGGCAAAGGCCGCCAGUCUGGCAUAACCCCUCCAGGCAAAUCAACUGGCAUUCCUGUCCCAGGCGGUGUCAGGUCGCGAGCACCUUCGUCCGCAGGUCAUAACCCUCCACUGUCAUCAGACAAUGAAUACGCCUCUAGGGCCUUCUCCGAUGCAAUCAAGGCCUAUGAUCCUGCCCAGCAUCGCCACGGACGUUACAGCGAUGUCUCGGGCACGUCAUUGUCGCCUCCAUAUAACGGACGACAGUCUGUCACUGGUCGACCAUCCUCUGUAGCCUCUUCCACGUCUGCUGUGAGCUCCGCUCCACUUCGAGCAACUAUUUCAAGCUCAAGGACUACGACUCAUCGUCCUCCUAGCCGUCAAUCCGAUGUGAUUGCUCGCAGCGCUAGUCGUACUGGUAGGCCGUUUGAGGUGGGUGACAACGUGCGGAUUGAGUCUCUCGGUUUCGAGGGAACGCUAAGGUAUCUGGGAGAAAUCGAUGGCAAGCCUGGGCACUGGGCUGGAGUGGAAUUGAAUGGGGCAUUUGUUGGGAAAGGCAAAAACAACGGAACUGUCAGUGGAAAAUCAUACUUUGUAUGCCUACCUAAUUGUGGCGUGUUCGUCGCCUCAACGAAGCUGUCCGCCCCCACAGCCGAUUACACUUCCUCUUCCCGUCCUUCAUCCGUUGCUUCCUCUCGCCAUGGCCGAAUGACGCCUUCCAUUCCAUACUCGGGUUUUCCAGCCUCCGCUUCGGCCACCAUGCCUGCUGGGCGUAAGACCCCAUCAGUAUCGCUAUCGAAUGGACGCAUCACGCCGUCCAUAAGUAACGGGCGGGGCACCCCUGCGGCAUCGACAGGCCGACGAACACCAGCGAUACGUCCUAUCUCUACGCGCAGCGGCUCUGCUGGAUCGGCUCGCAUGAUGAAAAUGACCACUCCUACGAAAACUGCGCCUCCACAUGCUGCAAUCACCCCAGGAUCGCGUGCGUCGAAGUAUGUGGGCAUGACUGCGAAGCAGCUCGGUUCGCGGGUUUCAGCGGCAGCCAGGUCUGGCAAUAGCAGCCCAAGCAGAUCGACAGGAUUCUCGCCGACGCAACGUCCUGGCCAUGUCUCCUCCCCUACCUCUCCAUUCGCUACACCGAAGCCACCCUCCAGAACAUCCAUCGGCAUUGGCAUGCCGUCCCCUACUUCCGCAAGGCAACGUACUUCACUCAGUACUCCGCGUGCUCGAGUACUCAGUUCUGUUGCGUUGCCGCCUCCCGCCUCCCUCUCAAGUACCUCGCUAAUGGCUCGUUCUAUCUCAAUGACCGAGGCCAACGGCGACGUCGGCUUGCUCUCUGACCUGCAACAGAGCGGGAAGGCAUUGCAAGACCAGAUCGCGGAGCUCAUGUCCGGCAAGGUGCCACCCAAUCCUCGUCCAGAGUCCUCUGCAUCGACAAGCUCGAGCAGUGUCUUUCCGACGAGCAUCAGCAAUGCCUUCGAGCUCCAAAAUCAGGUCGAGAUAUUGCAGUCGCGCCUGGAUGCCAUGGAGGAUGAGAACAAGCGAUUGCGAACGGCAACCGAGAAGUUCGAGGCCGCAGAGCAGGAGACUGCCAGCCGCAUAGAGAGGAUUUCCGCUGAUCAGAAGCAGGGCGCUGCACGCGUCGUGGAGCUGGAGGCUCAAGCUCGGAACAACGAGCGCACACUCAGUGAACGUGACACCACCAUCGAGAGUCUCGAGAGGGCCGCCAAACAGACAACUGCGGAUAUCGACAAGAUCAAGAGCGAGUUCGAAGCUCGCGUCAGGGACGUCCAAUCCAAGCUGGAUGAUAAGGAGGCCCUGGUCACGAACCUGAAGGAGUUGCUCGAAGAGAAGGAAGGCCUCCAAACCGAGAACGACGCUGUCGUGCGGGCCAAGGAUGCGGAGAUUACUCUGUUGGAAGCGCGGGUGCAGAAGGCAUACGUGGAGCUGGAGGAGGAGAGGAAGGAGCUGGGCGGGCAGGUGGAUGAGCUACGGAACGCAGGGCAGGAAACCAUCGCGCUAUACGAGGAACGGCUCAGCACGGCGGACAGCCAGCGGUAUGAGCUGGAGGACCUCGUCGCGUCGCUACAAGAGCAGCUCCGUGCGCAGGAUCGUCCGCCAUCCCCAACCACCGCACACGGCCAGGCCAUCACGGCGGUAGAGAUCGACAACGAGGCGCUCCGAGAGCAGGUGCAGCACCUGCAGAAGAGGAUUGCUGCGCUGGAGGAUCAGCUCGAGGAUGCGCAUGCCACGCUUGAGAAGGAGGAGGCUGCGGCGCACGAGCGCAUGGUGCAGUUCACGGACAGGGAGGACGGCCUGCACAAGGAGCUCGCGGCGGCGAAGGAGGAGACGCAGCAGGUGAUACGUUCGGAGAAGACAGCACGCCAGCGGAUUGAGGAGCUCGACGAGGCUCUGCGGGAGAGCAAAGUUGCGUUGGAGAAUGCGAGAGCAGAGAUUGAAGGCCUUCGGAGCGAGAUUGCCGAUCUUGAGAGCAUAAACUCGAUCGCAUCCGGCGAUGAGAAGAUCAAUGCCGUUAUCCGUCGGUCAGCAGCGGACCGCACUCGUUUCAUGGAGGAAAUCGAGCAUCUCAAACACCAGCUCUGCGAGUCUCGAUCCGAACAUCCUCACGACGUCAGCACACCCAUUGCCGGACCAGCCGAAAUUGAGCCCAGGAUUCACGAGCUUACCGAACUACUGGAGAAGUCCAAGACGGAUACGGCCGAGUUGCAUGGGCAGCUCGCGGAAAGCAAGGCCGAACGAGACUCGGCGCAUGCGGAAGUGGCAGCGCUGCAGUCGCUGGUGGACGAGCGCACGGCGGAGCUGGAGAACCUGCGCAAGAAGGUCAACCGCGAGAUCCCUGUGAACGGGAUCGAAAGCGGCAAGGCGUCCUCGUCCAAGCAUGACAUCUCGAGCGCGCGGGACGAGAUCACCGGGCUCAAGUGCGUGCACAUCGUGCAAGAGCUGCAGAUGGAGAACUCGGCACAGGCUCAGCGGAACAAGGCGCUCGAGCAGGAGAACAACUUCCUUCUCUCGGAGACGGACCAGCUUCGUCAGGAACUCAAGACGCUCGAGGAGAACGUCGAGCAGAGUUUCAUGCGCGAGGAGGAGUCGCUUGCCUACGCGGCUGAUGGUGCAGGUUCUGCGGAGGACAUUGUGAAGAUGCAGAAGAAGCACGAGACUGAGCUCGAGCAGCUGCGCAAGAAGCUUGUGGAGGCGGAGCGGACGAGCGCGCGGACGAUUCAUGAUCUCAAUAAAGAGAUCAGCGAGCUGGAGACGCUGAUUGAGUCGAAGAUCUACCGGGAAGAAGAGCUCGAGUCCGAGAUCGAGAAGCUCAAGGACAAACUCGCACGCUCGCAGAAGAAGAUGUCUCGCUCCUCGGUGUCCACACCCACCUCCGCGACCCCGUCCGUGUCCGCGUCAUCUUCGUCCACGUCCACGCCGAACCUCGAGACCGUCUGCGAGAUCUGCGAGCGCCCGGGGCACGACAUCUUCACGUGCGACCUGCUCAAGGACGAGGGUGCGCCGCUGGGCAUGGACGGCGGGCUGAUGACGGAGGGGCUCGAGGGGCUCGAGGAGGAGGUGUGCGACGAGGAGCUGAUUUGCGAGGACUGUGAGGGGAGGGGGCACUUGGCGGCGAAUUGCCCGCAUUCGCUGGAUGUGUUCUGAUGGAUUUAUUCUCUGGGUUGGAACGGAGGCACUCGAUCUGACAUUCAUUUUUUUUCUGUGUAUCAUAGCACAACACAUUCUGUUCUGGUUAAAUAUCGUCUUAUUUGACUCCUGACCGUGUAGUCGAUCCGCGAAUACCCUAGACGUACAAUUACUAUCCUGAUGCUCUGAACCUCUCAUGAGAGUGGCGUGAGAGGACACACGUUAUCGCGGGGUGACCAUCUGCGGACG